UAUCAUGAAAUCAGAAGCUCGCCAAGAUCUAUUAAUAUACUCUUCUGCCUACCACAUUUUCUUCUACCCCCAAAAGCUAGCUAGCCUCCUUCCUUCUGCAUGGAAGAGACUGGAGUUUUAGAUUUUAAUGCUCAAACAUCCUCUACAUCUUCCUCUUCAAACACCUCCUCCAUUACAACGAUCUCCUAUUCUUCUCCAACAAAUAUUGCAGCAGAAGUCACUGCUCGAAAAAGCUGUAAGAGAAUUCAGGGAGCAAAAUAUGUUCAUGGAAGUGAUCAGGAAAAGAUAAAGAGUACUGGGGAUGAUGGGAAACACCCAACUUACAGAGGAGUAAGAAAACGUCAAUGGGGGAAAUGGGUAUCAGAAAUCAGGGAACCGAGGAAGAAGUCAAGAAUUUGGCUGGGGACAUUUCCCACAGCAGAAAUGGCCGCACGAGCUCAUGAUGUAGCGGCUCUUACAAUCAAAGGAAAUUUGGCUUAUCUAAAUUUCCCUGAGCUGGCUUCUGAACUUCCCCGACCAGCUAGUUCAUCUCCCAAGGAUAUUCAAGCUGCUGCGAGCAAAGCAGCAGCCAUGAACUUCUCCAAAAGCCAUGAAGCUGAAGCCGAGCUGAGCCACUCCUAUUCCCCAAGCUCAACCUUGGCAUUCCAGGACGCCCAAGACUCGUCAACUUCGCCGUUAAAUGUUAACGACGACCCCUUUUUUGAUCUUCCCGAUCUCCCGCUCGAUGUGACUAAUCGUAUAGACGGGUUCUCAUGUUACUCGUCAACGUCAUGGCAGCUCGUCGGAACCGAGUCGGAAGAUACUUGUCUCCAGAUUGAGGAGCCCUUUUUAUGGGGAUGCUACUAGUGACAGAGCGAGCUGGAAGUUUCAAGUUUCAAUCUACGUACAGGCCGUCUUGUUAGAAUUAUAAUAUGCUUGGGAAAGAAUUACGUGAGGUCAUUGAGGUGACAUAACUAGGAAGGUAGGUGGAGGCCUCAACGCAUUUACAACGAUGAUGUAGCACGAGCUCCGUCCCGAGAAGAGCAAAUUAUUAUUAUUUUUAUUA